CGCACGGUUGAGCAUAUCCAGAUAGUAGCAGCCAAGCCCGCAAAACAUCCAGUAACGGCCCCGCAUCACCAACUUUUGAGCUCCCUACAGCGCUUGAAUACGAGCACUCACAUCGUCACCAUGUCGAGCCAACAGAAAAUUGACCCCGAGAAGCAACAGGAGUUGCAGCUCCAGUACACCACCUUCAAGAACACACUCCAACAACUAGCGCAGAAGAUUGGAGAUAUCGAACAGGAGGCUGAGGAACACAAGCUCGUCAUUGAGACAAUGGACCCUCUCCCUAAAGACCGCAAAUGUUUCCGCAUGGUCAACGGAGUGCUGGUGGAGCGCACAGUCGAGGACGUCUUGCCCUCCCUGAAGAUGAACGCAGACGGAUUGAAGCAAGUGUUGGAGGAUAUGCUAAAGCAAUACAAGUCUAAGCAGACUGAGCUGGACAGCUGGAAGAAAAAGAACAAUAUCCAGGUUGUGCAGCCCUGA